GAAAAUUAGACCACUGUACGAGAAAUUUCGAACAGCUUUUGCUUGGUUCAACGCAUUGUUGUCAGGAGUGUUCUGCAGCUUCACUCAGCCAUCCUCUCACUCAAUUCUCCGCUCCGCCACAACUAUCUAUACAUACUUCCUACCCCGCGAAACCAUGUCCUCCUUCUUCCUUCCAAAUCCUAAUUUAGGAGAUAGCAAUCACCUUGAGGAUUCAAGAAUCCGCGGAUACAACCCUCUCACACCACCCAACCUCCUGCAACAUGAGAUUGCUCUAACAGAGAAAGCGCGGCAAACGGUCCUUCAAGGCCGAGCCGAGGCCAUUGCCGUCGCCCACGGCACAGACACAGACAAGCGCCGCCUCCUCGUCGUCAUUGGACCCUGCUCAAUUCACGACCCCGAAAUGGCCUUAGAGUACUGCGACCGGCUAUUGAAAUUGAAGGAGAAAUACAAGGAUGAGUUGCUAAUUGUUAUGCGCUCUUAUCUGGAGAAGCCCCGAACGACCGUCGGUUGGAAGGGCCUCAUCAACGACCCGGAUAUCGACAACAGCUUCAACAUCAACAAGGGCCUGCGCAUCUCGCGUCAGCUCUUCGUCGACUUGACCAACAAGGGAAUGCCAAUUGCCAGUGAGAUGCUGGACACUAUCUCCCCGCAGUUUCUGGCGGACUGUCUCUCCGUCGGUGCGGUCGGCGCACGGACAACCGAAUCGCAGGUCCAUCGUGAAUUGGCCUCUGGGCUCUCGUUCCCCGUUGGCUUCAAGAACGGUACAGAUGGCUCGUUAGACGUCGCGGUUGAUGCGAUUGGAUCCGUAAAACACCCUCAUCACUUCCUGUCCGUCACCAAGCCUGGUGUUGUCGCCAUUGUCGGUACCGUUGGCAAUCCUGAUUGCUUUGUUAUCCUCCGCGGCGGCAAGAAAGGGCCGAACUACGAUGCUGCUAGCAUCACCGAAGCAAAGGAGAAGCUCAUAGCUAAGGGUCUGGCACCCCGUCUGAUGGUCGACUGCAGCCACGGCAACUCACAAAAGGAUCACAAGAACCAGCCUAAGGUGGCAGCUGUUCUUGCGGAGCAGAUUGCUGCAGGCGAAACCGCAAUCAUGGGCGUCAUGAUAGAGAGUAAUAUCAACGAGGGCAACCAAAAGGUCCCACCCGAGGGCAAGGCCGGCCUCAAAUACGGCGUCAGUAUCACCGACGCCUGUAUCAAUUGGGAAGACACCGAGUCAACGCUAGAGACCCUUGCAAAGGCUGUUGCGACUCGGAGAGAAAAGCUCGCCCCCAGUUCAUAGUCGCAUCACGCCCACCUCAUCUCAAUUACCGCUCUCUCUUCACUAGAUUAAGAACAUCGGCUUUGGCUUGUAUUCCGGGUUAUUUAAAAUAAGUUCGAUUUAGCGCGUUUGAUUGUAUAUUCUGAUAAACAAAAGUUCGGCUCGGACGGCGGUCCCAGAGACAUUGGCAAUACUCUGAUUCUUGGUCCUUGACCCUAUCAUACUAGUUAGGCAGCUUUAAGUU